GCCCGACCUUGAGCUUCGCGUGUUCUGGACUGACACAAGUGAAUGCUACCUGCCUCCUCGGUGUUUGGAGUUUCUGGUCGGGCAUACUUCUUAAUAUACCGUUUUCAGGCAGAGAAGGAUGUGCACAAGCGUGUCCGAACUUCAGCAACGCGAUGCAGCCCACUUGGAACUCUGACUACUCGAAAUUAAUUUACGUGUGCGCGUCAGGCUUCGUGAUGUCAUCUGGUGCCACUAAUUUCCAAGUUCAACUGAAUAGUGACGGCACGUGGAGCAUCCCACAGGACGCCGCUUGUGUAUGGUCUGGGUCACCGAGCAACACAAAAACAUCACCAUCUCCAUCUGCAUCAACAACUACAACACCUACAUCUACAUCAACAACUACAACACCUACAUCUACAUCAACAACUACAACACCUACAUCUACAUCAACAACGACAACGCCUACAUCUGCAUCAGCAACUACAACACCUACAUCUACAUCAACACCUACAUCAACAACUACAACAUCUACAUCUGAAUCAACAACUACAACAUCUACAUCUACAUCAACACCUACAACACCUACAUCAACAACUACAACAUCUACAUCAACACCUACAUCAACAACUACAACAUCUACAUCUGCAUCAACAACUACAACACCCACAUCUACAUCAACAACUACAACAUCUACAUCUACAUCAACAACUACAACACCCACAUCUACAUCAACACCUACAACAUCUACAUCUGCAUCAACAACUACAACACCUACAACACCUACAUCAACACCUACAACACCUACAACUACAACAUCUACAUCAACAACUACAACACCCACAUCUACAUCAACACCUACAACACCUACAUCUACAACUACAACAUCUACAUCUGCAUCAACACCUACAACACCUACAUCAACAACUACAACAUCUACAUCUGCAUCAACAACUACAACAUCUACAUCAACAACAACAUCUACAUCAACAACAACAUCUACAUCUGCAUCAACAACUACAACAUCUACAUCUGCAUCAACAACUACAACACCUACAUCUGCAUCAACAACUACAACACCUACAUCAGCAACUACAACACCUACAUCAAUAUCUGCAUCAACAACAACUACAAAUACAUAUGCAACAGCAACACCAACAGCUACAACGAUACCUACAUCUACAUCAACUGCAAAUACAGGUACAUCAAUGCCGGCAACACCAGCACUUACAACUGCACCACUGGCAAUAACAACAACACCUAGUAUUCCUAAUAUUACAACUACAUCAACACCUACAUUUCCAACACCUUUCCCUCCAUCAACAACAACAACCGCAGCAACACAAAAUGGAAUCCCAGGUAAAGUAAACUAA